AAAUAUCAAAUAAAUUUCUGAGAAAAUCAAGGAUAUGGAUAAUAAAGUUUAUUUUAAACAUAAUGACAGCACUUCUUUUCCAGAGGAAAUGUAUUUUUAUGACUUUUUUGAUGAAUAUUAUUAUAAUAAUAUUUUAAUUCCUACACAACAAAAAAUAAUAACAAAUGAAAAAGAUUACAUAGGCAAUGGAUCACUUAAUGAAGAAACCACAUCAGAAUAUGAAAAGGAAGCGUAUGAUAUCCAUUUGGAGCUCGUUAUUCCAUGUAAAAAUGACCAGAAUCUGUGUAGACCGUAUCUUAGUAAAAAAGCUCGUCAAUUUCUUCGUCAUACUGGACAAUGGGAAGAGCUUACGAAACUCGAAAAUCAUAUUAUUCAUGUAGAUUUCACAGGAUAUGAAGCAUUUAUGUUAUCUCGACUUUUAUUUUUUUUAAAUGAUGAGCAAAUUACAGAAAGAAUCAAUUCCUUUUUACCUGGACGAACUUUUGAUGAUUGUAAGAGAUUUUUAAGUGACAACCCUAAUUGUAAAGCGCAUAACUGUCCAAUUGCUAUUAAAGUUUUGAUGAAAGGCCCGGAAAAAUCAGUACAAGAUGAUAGAGUUGUAAAAUCUAAUUGGAUUACUCUUUUUCUACAGCGUCAAUGUGGUGGAUGGAUUCAUCCUAGAUAUUCAAAAAAUAUAUCAAAUCAUAUAAAUUCAAAAAUAAUACAAUUAUUAAAGCCCUAUAAAUUUUUUGACAGAACUAGUGGCGAUGUUGUUGAUUUAACAUUUGAUCCUUUAGGGAAAAAGUUUGCCUUUGGAUGUUCUACAACACAGGAUGAUUACAAUCGUGAAGGAAACUUAGUUAUUUGUGAUAUAGAUAGUGAAAUUGCUACAGUUUUAACUGAUCAUAAAAUAAUUGUUAACGAAAAUGUUUUUUAUCCAACAGUAUCUAAUGUCAAGUUCUCUGCUGAUGGAUUAUUUCUUUUUUCAGGUGCUUUUGACUCUACCAUAAAAGUAUGGUCAAGAUCAGGUCAUUUAUUGAAUUCUUUUAAGGAUUUGAAUGGAAAGAUUGAUGUGAUGGUUUCCCAUCCUUUAAAUCCUAAAAUACUCUCUGCUUCUUCGCAUGAUGGUAACAUUCAUUUAUAUAGAUUAAAUGAGAACGGGUUGUGUGCUUCGUAUGCGAAAUUAGGUACAAUUAAUCACAAUCUUUAUGGAUCUGCAAUGGCAUUUGGAAAUCAUCUAUUAAAUCAUCUUCUUCUUGUUGGAUAUGAAAAUAUAGAUGAGUCUAAGUAUUUGGGGACAGCAGUUGUAUUUGAUAUUAUGACAGAAACAUUUUUAAAAGAAUUAAAGACAGAAAAUACUUCACAUACAUCUAUUUUUGCACAUAAUUUUUCUGAUUAUUUUGUUACUGGAAGUAAUACAUGUAAAGAUGGAAAAGUUAGAGUUUACACUGCAAAAGAUUGGUCCAUAAUUAUUGAAUGUUAUUCUUCUCAAAAAGAUAUUAACCAAGUUACAUUAAGUCCAUGCCUUCGAUAUUUGACAUCUAGUGCUACUGAUAGAUCUACUUAUGUUUGGGACACAAGAAAAUCCGAUAUACCUCUUCACAUUCUACAUCAUGAUCAAACAAAAAUGUUUUAUUCUGAUGAUGAAAAUAUAGAAGAUUUAGAUUCUGGAACAACUGUUUCUCUUUGGGGUUCAUAUGCUCAUGAAUUUAUAACUGGCGGUUCUGACGGAUAUUUAAAAUUAUGGGAUCUUGGAAACAAUCAGCCUUUUGUUCAAAAUUUGAUAGAAGUUAAUUCUGCAAUUACUUCUGCUUGUAUCUCUCCUGAUCAUGAUUUAUUUAUUAUUGGUGAAAGUAUUGGACAUGUUACUGUUUUAUCUACAAAAGGUACUGGAUUACCUUCUUGUUUUAAUAUCAAUAUUCAAUCAUCAAAAAAAUAAUACACAAUUCGCUUUUAUUGUAUAUUUUAUAUAUUUUUUCU